CUCACAGACACGCACACACAAGCACAAAGCUCGCUCGCCUCGAGCGCACUAACGUGGCCACCGUUUUCUUUGUGUGGAGCCCUUGAGGGGGGUUGGGGCCCCAGUCCGGUCCCGGGGAGAUGGCGCAGCCCAUCCUGGGCCAUGGGAGCCUGCAGCCCGCCUCUGCUGCUGGCCUGGCAUCCCUGGAGCUGGACUCGUCGCUGGAUCAGUACGUGCAGAUUCGCAUCUUCAAAAUCAUCGUGAUUGGGGACUCCAACGUGGGCAAGACCUGCCUGACCUUCCGCUUCUGCGGGGGAACCUUCCCGGACAAGACUGAAGCCACCAUCGGGGUGGACUUCAGGGAGAAGACGGUGGAAAUCGAGGGCGAGAAAAUCAAGGUUCAGGUGUGGGACACAGCGGGUCAGGAACGCUUCCGUAAAAGCAUGGUCGAGCAUUACUACCGCAAUGUGCAUGCAGUGGUCUUUGUCUAUGACGUCACCAAGAUGACAUCUUUCACCAACCUGAAAAUGUGGAUCCAAGAGUGCAACGGGCAUGCAGUGCCCCCACUCGUCCCGAAAGUGCUUGUGGGCAACAAGUGUGACUUGCGGGAACAGAUCCAGGUGCCCUCCAAUUUAGCCCUGAAAUUUGCCGAUGCCCACAACAUGCUCUUGUUCGAGACAUCAGCCAAGGACCCCAAAGAGAGCCAGAACGUGGAGUCGAUUUUCAUGUGCCUGGCUUGCCGGUUGAAGGCCCAGAAAUCGCUGCUGUAUCGCGAUGCUGACAGGCAGCAGGGGAAGGUGCAGAAACUGGAGUUCCCACGGGAAGCUAACAGUAAGACUUCCUGUCCUUGUUGAAACCCAAUGGUGUACAUACAAGAUCAAUUAUCACUGGAGUUUUUUCUUUCCCUUUUUUCCGUGCCUGCAUCA